AUGAAAUUCGGUUGCCUUUCCUUCCGACAACCCUAUGCAGGAUUAGUUUUAAACAAAGUCAAAACAGUAGAGACUCGCUGGCAUCCUUUGCUAGCAGACUACAAGAACUGCACCAUUGCCGUUCAUAUAGCUGUUAAGGACUGGCAAGAUGAAACAUGGAGAGCAAUUCUUUUGAAUAGGUUUGGUAUGACACCAAAACAAGUGCAAGAUUUGUUGGAUGAAGGGGAAAAAUUUGGCAGAGGAGUUAUUGCGGGAUUAAUUGACAUUGGAGAGACAUCACUGUAUCCAGAAAACUUGCCUCCUGAAAAGAUUCUGGACCUGGAAAACAAAGCUGUCCUCAGUAAUCUAGAACAGAAAUACUUGACUGUUGUUUCAAAUCCAAGAUGGCUCCUGGAACCAAUUCCUGCCAGAGGGGGAAAAGAUGUGUGGCAGGUGGACAUCCCUGAAGAACUGAUCCCUUCAGAAGCAUAGGUGUUGCCCCUCGCUAUUAUUUUUC